AAUACGGAAGUUAGCCUUCAACUGCAGACACCAAUAACCACCCUUUUUCUACAAUAUGUGUUUAAUAUAUGAGUUUUAAAGCGGCUCUCCGGCAGCACAUGGCGGCAGAGGAAGCCGGAAGUGUGGGCCGGGCUGCGGCCUGUCUGUGUGUCCUCUGCGGUCUACCUGCGGCUGGGAAGUCCACGCUGGCCCGCGAGGUCCUCAGCGCCGCUGCACAGCGCGGAUGGAGAGCUGGUGUGGUGCCGUAUGAUGACCUGAUCCCCGAGCAUGCUUUUCAUACCAGAGUGAUGGAGGCGGACGGUGCAAUCCCGAACAGUCACACUGAGUGGAAGUUGCAUAGAGAAGCAGUUUUGCGGUGCGUUGAGCAGUUUUUAGAGAAACCUCAAGUUGCGGCUGAGCUGCCAGACAGCUGUCAGAUCAACGGGUCUGCAUGGGAACAAUGUAUUCACACUCUACGGCAGCCUGAAGCUUCGGGCAGCUCGCCGGCUGACCAGGCACCACUUCUCUUCCUACUGGAUGACAACUUCUACUAUCCAAGCAUGAGAUAUGAAGUGCACCAACUUGCAAAAAAGUACUCACUGGGUUUCUGCCAGGUGUAUCUGCAGUGUGAUUUGGAGUCCUGCAUCAGCAGAAACCAGACCAGGUCUGAACCCAUUCCUACUGAGGUGAUAUUGGAGAUGGUGAAGCGUUUGGAGUCUCCAAAUCCACAGAAGAACUCAUGGGAGACGAACAGCAUUUCACUCAACACCACAGACGACUUGUCCAAAUGUGACAUCCAGAGGGUGAUGGAGUUGAUCUCCUGUGCACUUAGCAACCCAUUGAGCCCAGCUGAAGACAACACUAAACAAAAGGAGGUGGACCGCCUUACAUGUGCAACUAGUGUGGUUCACCAGACUGACCAGGCCUGUAGGCGGCACAUUUCUGAAGCCAUGAAGACUGCCAGAGAGAAUCAAGUACGUCCCGAGCACAUGAGGUCUUUGGCUGCUCAGCUGAAUGAUUCCAAAGCAGCAUUUCUUCACAACCUGCGGAGACGGUUGUUUAAGGAAGCAUCUUUUGCCCAAGAAGAGGAUCUUGAUGUAGAACGUGUGGUGAAAAGAGCAGUGGAUGUUUUUGACCACGAGAAAACGGAAAUCCUGUUGAGAGUAAUACAUGAAAAUAAAUGACUUUAUUUGAUUGCAUCAAACAUCUCA